GUGCUGACAAAUUCCGUGUUCUAUUUUGGGAUGGCCUUCGGUUCUUUGAUUUUGUACUCGCUUGUAGGGCCUACACAAAACACACAGCCGACCAAGCAACUGCCUGACCCUGAGCUCUGGAUCCAACAGUAGCCUUGGUCUAUUUUUGUUUUUGUUGCGAGGAACGAGGCGAAAAAGAGAAGUUUUAGUGACUGGUAAUUAGAGCCAGGCUCUAGUUGUCUUCAAGCUGUGAAAAUGGAGGAUGGUUCAAAGUGUUGUUUAUCCCUGGGCUUGAUUGUCCUUGGAAUUGGUGUUCUGCUGACAUGCAUCCUUGUGCCGAUGAGCUUUAGUGGAUUAGAAUAUUAUGAGUAUGGCUUCAAGAAACAAAAGAGCACGGGCACAGUGAAUACCGAGAAGGUGUAUGGUGUGGGGAGACACAUGGUUGGCCCCGACUAUGAGUUCAAGAUUUUUCCCGCCAGCGCGCAACAUGUGUCCCUCACACUUGAUAUUUUCACAAAGGACAAGCUGGAGAUUGAAAUCAAAAUAUAUUUUCAAUAUUUCUUACGGAAAGAAGACCUGCCUAUUCUACACAAGUUUUAUGAUUUGGUCUAUGAGCCUACCAUCAAAUCUAGUGCUGUUGCAGCUUUGAAAAUUGAGGCCCCUAAGUACUCCACCCUUCAGUACAUUCAAGACCGACGCAAUGUGGAAGCCGCCCUCUUCACAGUUGUGAGGGAGAGACUAGGGGGUAAAUGUUGCCAACAAGACUGCAAGUCCUGGGUUUAUGCUUGCCCAUCCAACUGCAUACCCCUGAGCCGCUGUGAUGCUGACAAGCAGAAAGGCCUUUGGGUGGAUGUAAAAUUCUUCCAGAUGGGAAGAAUUGAGAUCCCUGAUGAUGUCGCUGACCGCUACCUCAAGGCCUUGACCUUAAAGGAAGAGGUGGCUCGGGAGGAAUUCUUGCAGGAGGCAGCCGUUGUGAGGAAAGGAACGGUGGCUUUGGUCCAUGACAUCAAGAAUCAGGCCAAAGAAGUGAGAGAGACAGCCCAGGCCCAGAGCAAGCUAAUCAACACCGUGUCCCAGGCCAACUAUACGGCCACAGUGGAAAAGGCUCGGUCAGAGGGACUGAAACAUCUGUACCAGAGGCUCAACAUUGUGGACCAGGACACCAAGAACAGUUUUGAUUAUCUGCGGACGUUGAGAGGCCUGGACCACGUACAUCUCACUGUGGACUUCCAGCAGCGCAUCGUUGGAGGGUUUGGGGGCUCUUAAGUUGUCGAAGUCAAAGUUGUGUGUGUACACUGCCUAAAUUUGCAUAUAUAUAUAUGGGUGAAAGACAUGUUUCUGGCUAGUCAAAUGCCAAAUGAGGCCAGACAGAUCAAUGCUGUAAAAUUAUUUAGACAUUAGAACAAAUAUUGGGAGAAAAGGAGGAGAAAAAAGUGUCUAUGAUUUUAUUUGGAAAACACAUUUUCCUCACGACAGUAAUGGUUUUUCCUGAAAAGAUGUAGUAUGUGCAUUUCUCUGUAUUUUGGUAGCGGCUAUAACAGGGCCUGUUUCAUUCACCCUAGCCUGUAUCCCUUAAUGUCGAUGAAUUUUUUUUAUAUCUGUGGGUUUCAUUGUCUGUAUGAAGUCCUUGAACGUGGAUAUAGCUGGCACUCUGCCAAUGUUGUUUCUAAUUUUUUACUUGUGUCGUUGGUAUAAGUCACUAUAGCUUGUUCACUUUCGUCUGUCUGUAAUAAAAGGGGAGAAUGACAAACUGCUCUGUUUAAUCAUCUCAGGUCUUUGCAUGCCAGUCUAAAAGUUGGAUGACCAACACAAUCUAAGAGCCCAUCAAUGAAGGUCACAGCAAACUUAGGUGCCGACGUAUUUCUUUUGAUGUUAGCUUAAAGGGGAUUUUAAAAAAUAAUGGUAGAUUUACAGCAUACACCCUAAGCAUUAAAAGGUUGACCUAUUUUUUUCACUCUCAUGCUUUAAAGCAUGGUCCAAUUGACAAGUGAGUACUUUUCGAGGUUCAUAUUGAGAUGUGUAGACAGUCUUGGAAGGAAAUCAACUUGCUCACACUGAGAGUGUCUCUGUCUCAAAAUGAAAGAUGUUUAGUCUAGUUUACCUCAAAUCGUUUUUUGCAAUGAUCUGUAUGCACCCAAAGGUUGGUUUUGAUAAAGGGAUCAAUUAACAUUUCUUAAAAUUAAUAGAUCAAGAAUUUUAAAAGACAACAUUUUUUGUUUGGUUACUGGCCUACAAGAGUGUCAUGCAAAAUUGUGCGCAUUGGUGAAUUAAUAAAUGAGCUAGAAUUAUUUAAUGCGGACAGACAAAAGUGACCAAGUAAUAGUUAUAAUUUGUAUCAUUUAUUUUUGUCAAUAAUUCAUGUUUGAUUAUAUUAUAGUUUAAGUCAUUAAGUUCAAUUUAUUUCCCCAGUUAAAAAACGACAUCUUUUGUUGGAUUUUGUCACUAUAGUCGCUCAAAAAUUUGUUUCCGAACUUAUUGUUAAAUAUUUCCUAAACUAUGGGAACAUAAACUCUCCUGCUUUUGCACAUUGACUUGUAUCAUCUUAACAGAUCAAUAUUUUUGUAAACACCCUUUAGCUGUAUUCUAGAAAACUCCUUAAUAGACUUUAAUUUUUAAAAUCCAUGUGGUAACUUUCCACAGAUUUUACAAGGUUUACAGCUGGGGCAAUGUGUCUUUUUUCAAUGCAAGUCUGUCAUUUUUUUUUUAUCAUGACACUA